CAAGAAACCACACUUUAUACCCCAGAUCCUCCUCUCUCGGAAAUCUUCCAAACAUCCUGUUUUCAGCAGAUGAAGAAUCCAAGCAACAUUGCUUUCUUUGUGCAGAGUAACAUAGCAUGUUCUGUCUGAACCCCAAACUUAGGUACAAACCCCCAGGUUUUCUCUGAUAUCUCAUUCAUUUAUAUAUAUUACCCCAAUACUAAUACGCAACAUUAUGUUAAGUCAUUAGAUAUGGAUAAACGGCUUUUCCCCCAACUACAGACAGAUUUUGAUAAAGAGACAAUAUAAGCACCAUAGUUGCUAAAGAUUGUUGUAUUGGUUAUGGUACUAAAGUUCUGCACAAACUGUCCACUGUUUCUGGAUCAAACCAUUUUUGCACGGUUUGACCAAAACCAAGGGACUUCCUGGUACCAGGUUCCACUAACCAUAUCGCUAACAAGUAAUCCCAGUGUUAAAAAGCUCUCCGUUAUAAUGGGAAGAUAUUACUGUUUCAAUAAACGAUUUAUUGUGAGUAAUUGACAGAUAGUAUGAUAAAAAAUAAUGUCCCUUUUCAAGACUUGUUCACAAAUCCCUUUCAACUGAGCCGAACAAAUCAAGUGCCUGUUAAUUUAUGACGAACAAAUCAGUUAAUUUGGGAUGGACUAAUCAAAUCAAGUGAAUGUCAAGCUAUGACGAACAAAUCGAUUCAUUAGUCAAUCUCAAAUUAAUCGAUUUGUUCGUCAUAGAUCAACGGGCGUUUGAUUCGAUCGACGCAGCUGAAAGGGGUUUGUGCACAAGUCUAUCCUUUUUAAAUCACUGAGUACUCAUGGAAACUGCGUGGGUACCCACAUUUUCAUACUAACUUCAGAUGUAAGAAUUAAUUAAAGCGGAAUUGUCAGUCCAUUGAAGGGACCGUUCCUUGUUCCUUUACUCGAAGUAAAUGCAGCAGACAAGUAUUACUCUCCACCACACUUCCAUGUUGUGGUAAUUUACUGUCCUAUGAUGCAUUGGGAGCAAGCAUACUGAUAUCUGGAGAAAUGCCAUACAUGCGUGUGUGCUUGGCAUAUACUACAUAAUUUUCUGCCUUUCUUUACUGCAUUAGGCUCAGCCAACCUUUAGGGCGGUAAUACGCCUUACUAGGUCUGUCCUAAGUUCUGACUCUGAGUGUUGGGGUUUAUACUUAUACUGCCAUAUACAUGAAUACUGAAAGGGCCCAACUGGUCUUCAUCUACAAGGGCACCUGGACAUCAUAUCAUUUGGAGCUUAUUAGAGAAAUUUAUACCACAGAUUUGGGCUAGCAUACAACGCACUGGGGGGAAUGGCCGAAUUUUCAAAGAGGCUCGGUUGGAGUUAGCCAGGUGUCGUUGCAGGACUCUGAGUGUCCAUUGCUGCAUGCACAAACCCCUGAGACUGAUGGUUUCAGUGCAGCGCACGCUUGCAACAUUAAUAUGUCCAGAAACGAUGCGUGUCUGGGAAACAAACAGGACUGCAGCUCUGCAGUGCAUAGCACAAUUUACCUUCCUUACAGGUUACAAGAGCCUGUCCUGUUAUAAAUCCGCCGAUAAUGGUAUCAAACAUUGUACAAAGACAGUAAUACAAGGUCACGGCCAGGCAAAAGGGCUCCAGACAUAUAUAUUGCUCUGUUAGAAAACAUUAAAUUGCAUAAUGAGUAGCGGGUUAGUGGAUUAAUCUUCCUCCUGGGGCGGUGUGUGUUUGUGUGUGUGUGUGACAGACUAUGCUGGUUUACAGAUCAUGCAGUCACCAAGUCUAUGGGGCUCCCCUAGCAGGAGAGCAGUAUGACCACAGGAUAAGUUAGGUAUACUGACUCACAGUCAGUGCCACUGAUAUAAUGGAGGAGCUGUUUGGGUGCCAGGCCCAAUGGGUGUGGAAGGACAGGCACAGACCUAGGCUUUAUAGCUGGGCUGCAAUGAGUAAUCAGCCAGUGUGCAGCAGCCUUUUCAAGACGAGACGAUCCACGAAUCUGGUAACACAAUGUACGCUGGACAUCUGUCACCCCAAGCGACAUCCAGCCAGCUGCCUCGUUAUUAACCCACUCAUUGCCUUCUUAUUAGCAGACUAAUCCUUAGCCCGCUAAGCUGUUUAUUACUCCUCUAUUUACUAGAAUAGCCCUCAGCAUUCUGAGUUCUUUAUUAACCCUCUCUUUAUUAGAAUAACCAUCAGCCUGCUGAGCUCUUUAUUAACCCUCAGCCUGCGGAGUUCUUUAAUACCCCUCUCUUUAUCCGAUUAACCUUAGGCUUUUUAUUAACACUCUCUUUACCAGACUAACCAUUAAAUAAGCUAAGUUUUUUCUUAACCAUUUCUAAGACUAACCCUCAGCCUGCUUAGCUCUUUAUUAACCCUCUCUUUACCAGACUAGCCCUCAGCCCAAUUAGUUCUUUUUUAACCCUCACUUUAACAGACUAACCUUUAGCAAGCUAAACUCUGUAUUAAACCUUCCAUUACUUUCUAACUUGCAGACCAGCCCAUCAGCCAGCUGACCUCUCCAGAAACCCCAUCAAUCCCAGACUAACACUCAGCCUGCUGAGCAUUGUAUUAACCCUAUCAAUACCUGACUACCACUCUGCCUGCUGAGCUCUGUCUUAACCCUAUCAAUCCCAGACUAACACUCAGCCUGCUGACCAUUGUAUUAACCCUAUCAAUCCCUGACUAAAUCUCCGCCUGCUGAGUUCUGGAUUAACCCUAUCAAUCCCAUACUAACUCAGCUUGCUGAGCAUUGUAUUAACCCUAUCAAUCCCAGAUUAACACUCCGCCUGCUGAGCUCUGUAUUAACCCUAUCAAUCCCAUACUAACUCAGCCUGCUGAGCAUUGUAUUAACCCUAUCAAUCCCAGACUAACUCAGCCUGCUGAGCAUUGUAUUAACCCUAUCAAUCCCAGACUAACACUCCGCCUGCUGAGCAUUGCAUUAACCCUAUCAAUCCCUAACACUCAGCCUGCUGAGCUCUGUAUUAACCCUAUCAAUCCCAGACUAACUCAGCCGGCUGAGCUCUGUAUUAACCCUAUCAAUCCCAGACUAACUCAGCCUGAUUAGCUCUCUAUUAACCCUAUUAAUCCCAGACUAACUCAGCCUGCUGAGCUCUGUGUUAACCCUAUCAAUCCCAGAUUAACACUCAGCCUGCUGAGCUCUGAAUUAACCCUAUCAAUCUCAGAUUAACACUCAGCAUGCUGAGCUCUCUAUUAACCCUAUCAAUCCCAGACUAACACUCAGCCUGCUGACCAUUGUAUUAACCCUAUCAAUCCCUGACUAACACUCCGCCUGCUGAGCUCUGUAUUAACCCUAUCAAUCCCAUACUAACUCAGCCUGCUGAGCAUUGUAUUAACCCUACCAAUCCCAGAUUAACACUCCGCCUGCUGAGCUCUGUAUUAACCCUAUCAAUCCCAUACUAACUCAGCCUGCUGAGCAUUGUAUUAACCCUAUCAAUCCCUAACACUCAGCCUGCUGAGCAUUGUAUUAACCCUAUCAAUCCCAGAUUAACACACAGCCUGCUGAGCUCUGUGUUAACCCUAUCAAUCCCUAACACUCAGCCUGCUGCACUCUGUGUUAACCCUAUCAGUCCCAGAUUAACCCUCUGCCUGCUGAGCAUUGUAUUAACCCUAACAAUCUCAGAUUAACACUCAGCAUGCUGAGCUCUCUAUUAACCCUAUAAAUCCCAGAUUAACAGCCUGCUGAGCAUUGUAUUAACCCUAUCAAUCCCAGAUUAACACACAGCCUGCUGAGCUCUGUGUUAACCCUAUCAAUCCCUAACACUCAGCCUGCUGAGCAUUGUAUUAACCCUAUCAAUCCCUGACUAACACUCCACCUGCUGCGCUCUGUGUUAACCCUAUCAAUCCCAGAUUAACCCUCUGCCUGCUGAGCAUUGUAUUAACCCUAACAAUCUCAGAUUAACACUCAGCAUGCUGAGCUCUCUAUUAACCCUAUAAAUCCCAGAUUAACAGCCUGCUGAGCAUUGUAUUAACCCUAUCAACCCCAGAUUAACACUAAGCCUGCUGAGCACUGUAUUAACCCUAUCAAUCCCAGAUUAACACUCAGCCUGCUGAGCAUUGUAUUAACCCUAUCAAUCUCAGAUUAACACUCAGCAUUCUGAGCUCUCUAUUAACCCUAUCAAUCCCAGAUUAACAGCCUGCUGAGCAUUGUAUUAACCCUAUAAACCCCAGAUUAACACUAAACCUGCUGAGCACUGUAUUAACCCUAUCAAUCCCAGAUUAACACUCAGCCUGCUGAGCAUUGUAUUAACCCUAUCAAUCCCAGACUAACACUCAGCCUGCUGAGCAUUGCAUUAACCCGAUCAAUCCCUAACACUCUGCCUGCUGAGCACUGUAUUAACUAUAUCAAUCCCUAACACUCAGCCUGCUGAGCUCUGUAUUAACCCUAUCAAUCCCUGACUAACAGCCGGCUGAGCAUUGUAUUAACCCUAUCAAUCCCUGACUAACACUCCGCCUGCUGCACUCUGUAUUAACCCUAUCAAUCCCAGACUAACGCAGCCUGCUGAGCAUUGUAUUAACCCUAUCAAUCCCAGACUAACACUCAGCCUGCUGAGCAUUGCAUUAACCCGAUCAAUCCCUGACUAACACUCUGCCUGCUGAGCUCUGUAUUAACCCUAUCAAUCCCAGACUAACUCAGCCUGCUGAGCUCUCUAUUAACCCUAUCAGUCCCAGACUAACUCAGCCUGCUGAGCUCUGUGUUAACCCUAUCAAUCCCAGACUAACACACAGCCUGCUGAGCACUGUAUUAACCCUAUCAAUCCCAGAAUUACACGCAGCCUGCUGAGCACUGUAUUAACCCUAUCAAUCCCAGAUUAACCCUCUGCCUGCUGAGCUAUGUAUUAACCCUAUCAAUCUCAGAUUAACCCUUUGCCUACUGAGCUAUGUAUUAACCCUAUUAAUCCCAGAUUAACCCUCUGUCUACUGAGCUAUGUAUUAACUCCUAUUGUUCCUGUGUCACUGUGUAUUUGUCUUUUAUAUGAAAGUUUCCCCUCUUUCAUAAUAUUGUAAAGCGCUGGGGAAUUAGUUGGCGCUUUAUAAAUACUAAUAAUAAUAAUAACACCUCUAUCAAUACCAGAUUAACACUUGGCCAGGUUAUCACUCUAUUAACGCUAUCAAUAGCAGACUAGCUCACAGCCAGAGUUCUUUAUUAACCCUCACUUCACCAGAGUAACUCUCAGCCAGUUUAGCUCUGUAUUACCAAUAGUGGCAGUAUAAUGCCUGGCCUCCCACACACCUACAUUUGUAGUCUGGUUACAUUCUUACCGGUUUCCUGCUUCCUAUCUGUUUAUAUUGGGCUACUUGUAGCUAUCUCAGAGUUAGUGACUCUCUGUGAUCCUCCCUGACUUUCUGUAAUCACUGUGGGUAACUAUCUGGAAAUCUCAAUUCUGUCUGUCUCUAAGUCUGAGUGUUUCUCUUACUGUGUAUAAUGCUCUGGAUCUGACAGUGUAGCUGUCUAAUUUGGUCUGUGUUUACUUGGGGUUUGUCUGUCAGAUCCAAUGGUAAUUUUUGGCAAAAAUAACAACUCCAUGUUGACAAGCAACAUGUGGAAUGUAUGGAACAUUCAUAUACUGCAAAAGGGAAAUAAUACAUUAAUCUAAUCAAGAAGGUUCGUUUGGGAAUCCUCCUUAAUUUCCUUCCUGAUUUAAUUGUAUUCUUUUUUUCUGCUGUCCAAAGCAUCAAGUAUCAAGUGUGCUGUCCUGACCUACAAUAUGUAGAAGUUGCUGUGUGUUCAUAAGACAAAGUGAAUCUGGCAGACUCUUGCUAUGUAUGAUGCUCUGAACCUAUGAGUGUAUUUUGGGGUUUGACUUUCAGAACCGGUGUCUCCAGAUUUUUUAGAUUGCCAGAUUCACCAUGUUUUCCUGGACAAACCAACAUCACUUUUACACUUUAAUAGGACUUCAUAGGGCUCAUUCCAGUAUUUAAAAUUUAAUUAAAAUCAAACUAUUAAUCCUGCAGCAUGUGAAUGCUAUAUUCUACAGGGCAGCACUUUUUAUACCUCCCAACUCUAAAAGGUGCUAAAAGGGCUCUAAUGUUAAAAUUGUAGAAAGUAACUAAAUGUACCCAUAAUCCAGCGACAAAACACACUCCUUACAACAGCCAAGUCACCCUUGAUGAGAUCAUCAGUUUUGACAGAGAAGCAUUGUUGACCUAUGGUGCAUGUGCAGCAAUUAUUAUUAUGAUUUUAUUAUUUAUAUAGCGCCAGCAAAUUCUGUUGCGCUGUAGAAUGAGAUCACCGCUAUCGUCCAAUCCAUUGCUUGUGGUAAAUGUGCAUGAUGCUGCUAUGUGUAAAGACCAUCGAAAGUCAAUAACCUUAAGGAUGUACAGCCUCCAAUGGCUGUCUGACAACCACUAGGAGUGUUUUCAGCCAAAAGUAAAACCUGCCAUUUCUCGGAAAUUGCUUUGGUGCUAAGAGUGUUACUUUAAGUUGGGGCAAGGUUGUGGAGGUCUAUAAGUGGCAAUGCUAUUGAAGUGGAUUGAGUAGCUUGAAACGCCUGGUUUGCAUUUACGCCAUGAUAACCAGCUAUUACCUUAGCCAGCCUCUCUCAGCUCUGCUCACAUUGGAUGCACUGUGUACGGUUAUCUGAUGAUGUUUGCUUGAGACAAUUUAAGGGCACCAAGGCAAAAACACAGGAUAGCAAGACAGGAACUUGAAAUGCGGAUUGCCAUGUACAGCCCAAGGCUGUUAGGGAUAUAUUUUUUAUCAACAUGAAGAUGUUAUGUGUGCCGAAAUCAUGAUGGAUCGGUCAGCCCUAGCUUACUCUGACCAUAUCCAGUCCCAGGAUUGCUCCCCAAUUCUGUCUCUAAGGCUUAUUCAUUAAAGUGGGACUUGCUAGGAAUUCAGUGUCAAUUUUUACAAUUUAGGCAAAAAGAACCAAAAUAUAGUUAACUUGGAGAAUGUUUCCAAUUGUGCUGUUUGGGUUAAAAUGACAAAUUCAUGUUUCUUUUAAUAAUCCUGCAAGACUCUUUCCUAGUUCAAAGUCUCCAAUCAUAUAUAGACACAUGGCUCUGGCUAUUAUUACACAAUCCCUCCAUGACUCUCAUCCACAUCUGCUGACUGUCUUUCCCCUCUCUAGCAUUGAGAUGGCAGCUACAGGGACCGAGGUGGAACGUGCUAUUUUUACCAUAGUAAACUGCUUCUUUACUCACUCAAAAGCCGAAGGCAAGCAAGAUACACUGAGCUUCACUGAAUUUACUAAUCUUGCUACUAAGGAACUUCCACAUAUGAUGAAGGUAAGCUCUUAUUAUUUAUACACUACAUGCUAUUACGACGAAGUCAUGAGCUCAAAGAUAAGUGGAUCCAUGGGAUGUCAAUCUAGUUAAAAGGACACUAUAGUCACAAAAACAAGUUUAGCUAAAUGAAGCUGUCUUGGUGUACAGAUCAUGCUUCUUCAGUCUUGCUGCUCAUUUCACUGCCAUUUAGGUUGUUAAUGCAGCCCUAGUCACACCUCCCUGCAUGUGACUUACACAGCCUUCCUAAACACUUCCUGUAAAGAGUCAUCUAAUGUUUACACUUCCUUUAUUGCAAAUUCUGUUUAAUUUAGAAUGUAUUACCUCCUUCUCUGUUAGUAGCUUGCUAGACCCUACAGGAGCCUCCUGUACGUAAUUAAAGUUUAAUUUACAGAGCAGGAGAUAAAAACUUCUACAGCAAGUUACAUCUGAUUGACACAGACCUGCAUGAAAACAAAAUGGUUUCAUAUUCAGUCACAGCCAGGGGAGGUGGCUAGGGCUGCAUAGAUAGAAACAAACGUGAUUUAACUCCAAAAUGGCAGAUAAUUGAGAAGUAAGACUUCAGAGGCAUAAUCUGUACACAAAAACAGCUUUAUUAAGAUAGUUGUUUUGGUGACUAUAGUGUCCCUUUAAGUUAAACUAGAUAAAUUAAACUAAUCACAAAAUGCAAAAAAAAAACAAUAAGCUCUGAUUUUCUAGCAAAAUAUUCUGUUUAAAAAGGACAAUUAAGGGGACACGUGACUACAACUUAAUAAAGAAAAAGAGAAUUGGAAGAAAGUUAGUUGAAAAAUCUUUUUACUACUUGUCAAAGUUUGUUUCCAACAGCCAAAUGUGAACCGGCCAGACAGUCCAACUGAAGACUGUUCUGGCAAACAGUGUGUUUAUAAAUUAGGGGUAAAUGUGUUGUAAUCUCUUUUAGGACAUAUCGCUGGAAGAGAAGAUGAAGGAGUUGGAUAUUAACCAAGAUGACGAGCUGAAAUUUAAUGAAUUUUGGAGGCUUGUGGGAGAAAUGGCAAAGAAUGUAAAGCGAGAUCUGAAAGGCAAGAAGAAAUAAAAUGCUAAUAUUCGCCAUGUAUCGGGAGUGAAGACUGAGCAUCAUAUUUCGGCAAAACAGUGAUUGUUCAAUUCUUUAAUAAAAAAAUGCUUGCAAAAUCUGCUGUGCUUUUUGUAAUAAAUAAAU